GGCCGUGCCGCCCCGCCCCGGCUUGGCGGCUGCGCGGGCUGAGGGAGCGGCGCCGCCAUGCUGCCCAACACCGGGAAACUGGCAGGAUGUACCCUCUUCAUCACAGGUGCAAGUCGAGGCAUUGGCAAAGCCAUUGCUUUGAAAGCUGCUAAGGAUGGUGCAAACGUUGUGAUAGCUGCCAAGACAGCUGAGCCCCAUCCUACUCUUCCAGGGACUAUCUACACCGCUGCAGAAGAAAUUGAAGCGGCUGGAGGAAAGGCUUUGCCAUGCGUUGUUAAUGUGAGGGAAGAAGAGCAAAUUAUUAGUGCCGUGGAGAAAGCUGUGAAGACUUUUGGAGGGAUCGACAUUCUGGUGAACAAUGCAAGUGCCAUCUCUUUGACUGGCACCUUGGAAACAGCAGCAAAGAAGGUCAAUCUUAUGAUGGAGGUCAAUGUACGAGGAACCUACCUUACAUCUAAAGCAUGCCUUCCCUACUUGAGGAAGAGUAAGAACCCCCAUAUCCUGAACCUUAGCCCACCUCUGAAUCUGAAUCCCAUGUGGUUCAAAAAUCAUUGUGCUUAUACCAUUUCUAAAUACGGGAUGUCCAUGUGUGUCUUGGGAAUGGCAGAAGAAUUUAGAGGAGAAGUUGCUGUCAACGCUUUAUGGCCUAAAACAGCCAUACAUACAGCUGCUAUGGAUAUGCUGGGAGGAGCUGGAAUAGAAAAACAAUGUAGGAAAACAGAUAUCCUGGCAGAUGCUGCAUACUGCAUUUUAACAAAACCAAAAAGCUUCACUGGAAAUUUCAUUAUUGAUGAAGUUUUGCUGCGAGAAGAAGGAGUUAAGGAUUUUGAUGUCUAUGCAAUUGCACCAGGUCACCCUCUGAUACCUGACUUCUUCUUGGAUGCUGAAAUUGACACUACAGCUAUGAAACAAAAAGGAUAUGGUGCUGCCCAAGCAUUGAAAGAGGAGAAAACAGAAUCUGCUCCAGCCAAGCCAUCCGGGCCUGUUGCAGAAACAUUCAGAGUUAUUCAGGGGGCCAUGACUGAAGAGAAUGUGAGAAGUACUCAGGGUGUCUUUCAGUUUGAAUUGUCUGGUGAGGGUGGAGGCACGUGGUAUAUUGACCUGAAGAACAAGGGUGGGAGCACUGGUUUCGGGAAGCCUCCUGGGACAGCCGAUGUGGUGAUGAGCAUGUCGAGUGCUGACUUUGUGAAAAUGUUCACAGGUAAACUAAAGCCAACUAUGGCCUUCAUGUCAGGAAAAUUAAGGAUUAAAGGAAAUAUGGCACUAGCACUGAAGCUUGAGAAGUUGCUUGCACAGCUUAACUCUAAACUGUAAGGGAGAACCCUUGCUAGAAGAACAGUGGCCUUUCAUAUAUAACUACAAUACUGUUUUAAAUUUGUAGUCCUUGUUUUUCUCUGAUGCAAUACAAGAAAUAUGGAUAAAAUGCGAGAUUUUUGUAGGAGAGAUAACUCCAUCUGAUUAAGAGAAGAAAGUGUUUGUGAUUAAACUAACUGCUUCUCAAGAAUACA